CUGGCUUCACCCUCGUUUCCAGCGCAGUGACUCCCACUGGAACCCGCUGCCUCUGGUUAGUCUAGCUUAGGGCUUUACGGAACACUCCUAAGCAGCUGCUGAAACUCCCUCUGUUUUGGGCCAUUCCCUGUCUUCUCUGGCCUGACACGGACUCCUGAUUCCACUUUGGAGGAGAAACGAAUGUCCACAAUUCUGCGUCUGCUCAUCUGUCUGGGCUGACAGGUUUUAGGACCGGAAACCUUCUUUUUCUGCCUUCUGGCAGAAUCUGUGUCUUCUGCCUCCUCUCCCCUCCUCUUCCUGUUUCUGUACCGUCAUGCGUGCAACUGGCCUUCGGGGCACCGUUCACUUCAGAUUUCCCCACCAGCAUCUCAGGUGCAGGAACCUCAGGAUACUUUGGGGACCUCAUGAAGAGGAAUCCACCCAAAUCUGCAGGUAUUGCUGAAAUGCCUGGUGGGUUAAUGUAGCAGGGAGAUAAACACGCCAGCUGAAAAAUGGGAAAAGAUACAUUUAAGGAAGAGAUCCAGAAGAUGUCUUCUGACAGAUCCCGGAGAUGCUGUCUGACAUGGAGAAGGCUGUGCGGGUGGUGCUGCUUUGGAAGCAAAGAGGAACCAGCCCGAGAGCUCAACUACAAGUCAGGUCGGGGACGGAAGGCCGUGCUCCCUUUGUCUCUUCUUAGCCUGCCCUUUCCACGCUCUGACAGUGGAUAUUGUGAAGAAUCUCUAAGCAGUACCUUUAAGACGUCAAACAACAGCUCCCAGGUUUGUCCUUCUUCAGAAUCUGAAGAACUGUUAACAGGAGAGCCAACACUGCAUAUCCCUCCUGGACUUCUGUCUUGGUGGAGUGGUGGUUUUCAUGAAACCCGUGCUCUGGUGGUAACCUCAUUGAGAAGAAGGGUCCCAGGGAGUAGCAAAUCAGCAGACCAGGAAUCUUCACAGACACAAGAAUCAGAAGAGACUUGCUUGGAAGAGGAGACCCUAGUGCCCCUCGAGGCUCCUAAACUCUUUUCUGGGGUUGGACCAGCUUGUCAUAGUUAUCAGUUUCUGGGACCUGAAGGAAAUGUGGAUAUUGAGUUGAUUGAUGAGAGUGCAAACAGAUACAGCGUCCACUUCCCCAUGGCUGGCUUCUAUCUGUGGCCAGCGACACGCCUCGGAUUCUUGGUAACAGCCGCGGUGACCGUGAGGAUAGCGUUGGAUUCUUGGAGUGUACACAUGAAGUUACAGCAGGAGGAGCAGUGGAUGGUGGCAGGCCCACUGUUUGAUAUCUCUGUGGAGCCCGAGGGGGUCAUCGCUGAAAUCCACCUCCCUCACAUCAUCUCCCUGCCAGCAAAUGAGGUCGAUAUGUCUUGGUUCCACGUUGCCCAUUUUAAGGAUGAAGGUAUGGUCCUAGAGCCACCAGCCCGAGUGGAGUCUUUCUAUGCUGUCCUGGAAAACCCCAGCUUCUCUCUGAUGGGAAUCCUGCUGAGAUUGGCUAGUGGGGCUCGUGUUUCAGUCCCCAUCACUUCCACGGCACUGCUCUAUUAUCACUUCUACCCUGAAGAUACUAAAUUUCACCUGUACCUUAUCCCCAGUGACUCCUUGCUAACGAAGGCAAUAGAUGAAGAAGAAACUAAGUUUCACGGUGUGCGUCUACAGACCUCACCCCCCGUGGAACCCCUGAAUUUUGGUUCCCGUUAUAUUGUGUCCGGUUCAGCUCACCUGGAAAUAAUGCCUGAGGAGUUGAAAUUAUCCUACAGGAGUCCUGGGGAAAUCCAGGUGUUCUCUAAAGUCUUUGCUGGGAAGAUGGAGGAACCAAUCAUACUUGAAGUUACGGACAAAAGACACAAGACUUUGGUCUGGCGCACUUUGGUGAAGCCAGUGGAGCUCCAGUUUUGUGCUGCAUCACCGCCUUCUCCCCUCUCAGCUGAGGCCUUUAUGAAGAAGAACCACCGGCACUUGCAGGCCAGGCUGGGGGACCUGAGUGGAGUACUAGAUGAUCUUCAGGACAGUGGGGUCUUCACCGAGGAAGAGAAGGAGCUGGUGCAGCAGUUGCCAACACGGCAGAGGAAGAAUGAGACCCUGCUGAGGAUGGUGGAGAAGAAAGGGCCCCAGGCCCUGGAGAUAUUCUUCAGAAGCCUUCAGCAAAGAGAUCCUUACCUGAUGUCCUACCUCAGCCAGCAGAGUUUACAACAGUGACUCAGGCCAAUACUCAGGAAGAGACAAUCCGGUGUUCUGCACUGAAAAUGGAUAAACAGGCGUGCUUGGGUGGUUCAGUUGUUUAAACGUCUGAUUCUUGAUUUCAACUUAGGGUCAUGAGAUUGAGCCUUAUGUUGGG